CACAAAAUGUUGAUUUUUUAUUUUUAUUUUAUUUUAUGGUUAGCAAAAGAAAAAAAAAAAAAUUGAAAUAAAUAGUAAAUCUAAAUCUAAAUCUCAAUCUAAAUAUUUACUAAGGCUGCAUGAGGUAUGAUUCUUUCGGAAUGCAUUCCAAGAACACAUAGCAAAUGCAACCGAAGUUGAUUGGAUAUCCAAAACAAUCCGAGCAUGGGUUCCAAAAAGAUAUUGAUCCACCGGGAUCGCCACCACAUUCCUAUUUUUCAGGAAGUACGCGCGAUUCAAAGGGAGAGCCGAUCAUCUGCUCGUAGCAGACAAGUCAAAGGACACAGACCGACCCCAACUUUCCUAUUUCUCAGUAACUACCUGCAUUCCAGGGGCAGGGGGUACGAACUGCCCUAGAAAUCGUGAUCCUUUCAUUUCCUAUUCCUCUGGAAGUCAGGAGUUAAAGAGGCAAAGUCAAACACGCCCAUUUCCUUUGCGACAUAGAAAUGCUCCUUCUGCUCAUCGAUAACUCAUCUAGGCGCUUCUGCUAACUCUCCAAAGUUCUUUGACGAGGUACAGGGAAAUCUUUUGGGUCGUUGAAGAAGCGGACGAAAAAGUUGAACGUUUUCCAUUCAGAUUCCAGCAACAGGGGAUGGUUUGAAGCUUUUCUUCAAGGUUUCAACUACAUCUAAAGCGAGAGACUCCAAUAUUGGGCCAAGUCUUUGCAUAAUACAUAAGAUGGAAAUAAUUGGUAUUUAGAAGCCAGAGUUCCUGCGACAUUUUUGCAAAUGGAUCUACUUUAAGUGAAAAAACGGUAAAUUUGGUAGGAUUUGUAUUAGACCUGCCUGAGCUAAGUCACCAAAUUACAAGCAGAAGAAAAGAAAAAUUGCAAACAUGGAUGCUUUUGAAGAAUCAAAGAAUGAUAUAAAUAUGUGGACUUUAUUUUUCAAGUCUUCUACAACCAUCUUCCUGCACGGGUUUUCUGCUUCUUCACACUUGUUUAUGCUGUUAGUUUUGUCCAUUUUCUGGGUUCGCAAGAAACACACUGUGCCUACCCUUGAAAAUUCAAAACAAAUAUUGAAGAACACAUACUUUUUAUAUUAUUGGUCCUCUCUUUUGUCUUGCCUUGGACUAUCAUUUGGUGAUCUUCUCCUAUCUGUUUUAAACUACUUCUCUGGGUAUAAACAUGGUUGGACUGAUCUAAAGUUUUUUGCUGAGUUGGAUUUUGCAUUUAAAACACUUACUUGGUUUGUGAUCUCCGUUUACUUGCACGUUCAGUUCUCUCAUUCAAGUGAGCGUAGGUUCCCCAUUUUAUUAAGGAUUUGGUGGGCCUUUUACUUCUUAAUGUCAUGUUCCUAUCUUGUUAUACAUCUUGGUUUGUAUUGGAAAUGCUCAUCCUUGCCGUUUCUGCUAUGGGUCUCCGAUGGUAUGUCUAUUUUUUCUGGUUUUCUCUUUUGUUAUGUUGGAUUGUUUGUCAAAGGGAGAGAAGACAGAGAUCUUCAUCUUGUGGAGCCUCUUUUGAAAACUAGUUCCAAUCAAAGCAAUGGUGACAAUGAGAAAGGAUUAAGUCUCAGUGGAGAUGGUGUAACUCCUUAUGCAAAUGCCAAUCUUCUUAGUAUAUUUACUUUUGCUUGGAUGGGCCCUUUGCUUUCACUCGGGUAUAGUAAAAUACUAGACCUUGAAGAUGUUCCUCAACUUGACAAUUAUGAUAGUGCCAAAGUGGUGUUUGCUGAUUUUAGAAAUAAACUUGAAUAUGAUGGUAAUGGCAGUGUUAACGAUGGUAAAGUAAGCACACCCAAGCUGGUAAAGGCAUUGAUUCUCUCAACAUGGAAAGAAAUUUUAUGGACAACUUUAUUUUCCAUUAUAUGCACAUUGGCUUCUUAUGUUGGACCAUACUUUAUUGGCGCAUUUGUUCAGUAUUUCAAUAGCAAAACUCACCAGACAAAAUAUAAAUUCUAUGCCUUAGUAUUUAUUUUCUUUCUUUCAAAGUUCAUAAGGUGCAUCUCAGAGAGGCAUUUGUUCUUUCAAUUGCGAGUGAUAUCAAUUAAGGUUCGUGCUGCCUUGUUCACAAUAAUCUAUAAGAAGGGUCUUAGUCUUUCAAGCCAAUCAAAGCAAGGCCACAGUAGUGGGAAGAAUGCUAAUUUAUUGAGUGUUGAUGUUGAGAGGACUGGCCUUUUUAGUUGGCACUUGCACAAUAUAUGGAGGGUGCCUGUUCAGGUUGUUCUAGCAUUAUUGAUUUUGUACAGCAAAAUUGGGCUUGCUUCACUUGUAGCUUUUGUUUCCACAAUAAUUUUGUUGUUAGCAAAUGUACCACUAGGAAAACUACAGGAGAAAUUUCAAGGGGAAUUGAUGGAUUCGAAGGAUCAACGGAUGAAGGUGACAUCUGAGGCUCUAAAGAAUAUGAGGAUUCUCAAGCUCCAGGGAUGGGAUAUGAAGUUUUUGGCAAAAAUAAUUGAGCUCAGAAACUUUGAAACAAGAAGAUUAAAAAAAUUACUUUAUUCAUCAGCUAUAAUUGCCUUUGUCUACCUGUCUGCUCCUAUGUUUAUAUCUAUGGUAACUUUUGGGUUUUGUGUGCUGGUAGGAAUUCCGUUAGAUUCGGGGAAGAUUCUAACCGCACUUGCUACAUUUAAUAUAUUGCAAGGGACCAUUUAUAAUCUCCCAGACCUAAUCUAUAUGGUAGUUCAAACUAAAGUUUCCCUUGAUAGAAUAACUUCAUUCCUCUGUCUCGAUGAUCUUCAUCCAAAUAUAGCAUAUAAGCUUUCGAGAGAUAGUGUCAAGGUUGCAAUUGACGUAGUCAAGGGGAAUUUCUCUUGGGAACUUCAUUCCCCUAUUCUCACAUUGAAAGACAUCAAUUUCCGAGUGUGCCAUGGUAUGAAAGUGGCUGUUUGUGGUUUUGUUGGGUCAGGAAAGUCAAGCCUACUUUCAUGCAUAUUAGGAGAAAUGCCGAGGAUAUCUGGAGCCAUUAAUUUGAAUGGGACGAAGGCCUACGUUGCACAAUCACCUUGGAUACAAAGUGGCAAGAUAGUAGACAAUAUAUUGUUUGGUAAGGAGAUGGAUAAAAAAAGGUACAAUAUGAUCCUAGAAGCAUGUUCAUUAAAGAAGGACUUAGAAUUGUUUGCAUUUGGGGACCAAACUAUUAUAGGGGAGAGGGGGAUCAACUUAAGUGGUGGGCAGAAACAAAGAAUUCAGAUUGCACGUGCUUUGUAUCAUGAUGCUGAUAUUUAUCUGCUUGAUGAUCCUUUUAGUGCUAUGGAUGCUCACACAGGAACUCAUCUAUUUAAGGAAUGUUUACUAGGCAUUUUGGGUUCAAAAACAGUAAUUUAUGUUACCCACCAAAUAGAGUUUUUAUCUUUUGCUGAUCUUAUCCUGGUUAUGAGAGGUGGACGGAUUACACAAGCAGGAAAGUAUGAAGAAAUUCAUCAUUCAGGAACUGACUUUAUGGAAUUAGUAGGUUCACAUAAGAAAGGUUUGACAGUAGUUAAUUCUAUCGAUCGUCAAGUUACUUUAGAUAAUUCAAUUACCAGUGAAGAAGAUGGUAAUCUUUUAGGUAGCGAUAAACCUAUUGAAGAUGACGAGGAAAGGGAACCCAAAAAUUGCAAAGUGGAAAAACAGGUUCAUUUAGAAGGGCAGCUUGUCCAAGAAGAAAAGAGAGAAAAGGGUAGAGUUGGCCUUUCAGUCUAUUGGAAGUAUGUUACUGCUACAUAUAAAGGGGCUUUUGUACCAUUGAUAUUGCUGGCACAAAUUUCUUUUCAGUGUCUCUUAAUAGCUAGUAAUUACUGGAUGGUGUGGGCGACUCCCAUUUCUGAGGAUGCAGGGCCUCAUGUUAGAGGAGCCACUCUUAUCUUCGUUUAUGUUGCUUUGACUCUUGGAAGCUCUCUUUGUGUCCUUAUAAGGUCCAUGCUCAUUGCAACUGUUGGAUACAAGACAGCCACUUUGUUUUUCAACAAAAUGCAUUUGUGCAUUUUUCGUGCUCCCAUGUCAUUUUUCGAUUCUACUCCGAGUGGAAGAAUUCUGAAUCGGGCAUCUAUAGAUCAAAGUGCACUUGAUAAAUCUAUUCCAAAUCAAUUUGAAGAAUUUCUUAUGUCACUCGUAGGAUUUUUGGGAACUGCUAUAGUACUGUCACAAGUUACGUGGCAAAUGUUAAUACUUUUUAUUCCGAUGAGUGUGGCAUGCAUCUGGUACCAGCAAUACUACAUGUCUACAGCACGAGAACUAACACGAUUAUCCGGAGUAUGCCAGGCUCCAAUUGUACAACAUUUUACUGAAUCCAUUUUAGGUUCAACCACAAUUAGAUGCUUUGAUCAAGAACAGAGGUUUAUAGACACAAACCUUAAGUUGGUGGAUAUGUAUUCUCGGCCCAAAUUUCAUUUCUCCAGUGCGAUGGAAUGGUUAUGCUUUCGCAUGGAUAUGCUAGCAUCAGCCACAUAUGCCAUCUUUUUGAUUUUCUUAAUCUCAACGCCAAAGGGAGUACUCAAUCCUGGUGUUGCAGGUUUAGCAGUCACAUAUGGGCUUGAUUUCAGUAUGUAUGGGGUCGUAUGGGAUCUUACCAUGCUUGAGAAUGAAAUUAUAUCUUUUGAGAGAAUACUGCAGUAUGCCUACAUCCCUAGUGAACCUCCUUUAUUGGUAGAAGAAAAUAGGAUAAGUCAUGGAUGGCCAUCAGAAGGGAAAGUUGAUAUUGUUGAUCUACAAGUCCGGUAUGCCCCACACCUUCCUCUUGUCUUGCGAGGUCUUACAUGUACUUUCCCCGGAAGGAUGAAGAUUGGCAUUGUUGGGCGAACAGGAAGUGGUAAAUCAACUCUUGUACAGGCUCUCUUCCGUAUGCUUGAACCAGAAUUUGGUCAGAUUUGGAUAGAUGGUAUUAACAUCUCUAAGAUUGGCCUUCAUGACUUGCGAUCUAGUUUGAGUAUCAUCCCGCAAGACCCCAUAAUGUUUGAGGGGACUCUUAGAAUCAAUCUUGACCCACUUGAAGAGUACACUGAUGAACAGAUAUGGGAGGCUUUAAAUAAAUGCCAGCUUAGUGAUGAAGUUAAAAAGAAGGAAGGGAAGCUUGAUUCUGCAGUGACUGAGAAUGGAGAGAAUUGGAGCAUGGGUCAGAGGCAACUAAUAUGUUUAGGGCGUGUAUUACUCAAGAGGAGCAAAGUGUUAGUACUCGAUGAAGCUACUGCAUCUGUGGAUACCAUGACUGACUAUCUAAUUCAACAAACCAUUAAUCAAGAAUUCUCAAGGUCUACUGUCAUCACAAUUGCACAUAGGAUAACAUCAAUUCUUGCUGUUGAUCGGGUCCUCCUUCUCGAUAAUGGCCAUAUAUUGGAAUAUGAUUCCCCAACCAAAUUGUUAGAGAACAAGACAUCGUCAUUUGCAAAGCUUGUUAAGGAGUAUACUCAAAGAUUUAGUUCAUAGUUUUUGAAAAGCUAAGGCUCUUUAGCUGAAAAUUCCUUCUCAGAGUACUGGGAAGAGCAUAUUGGUUUUCCACCCCCUCAUUGGUUAGCUGCAAAGGCCUCCCCUUUAAGCCUCCACCAGACGGCAGUGUUUAUUAAACUCUUAGAGAAGAAUGAAUUGGCUUCUCACUUGCAUUCAUUUUGUAAGCAGGCUAAUAUUGCUUAUUCUACAAAUCUAACUGUGAAGAAGACAACAGAUGACACAACCCUACCGCCAAUUGCCCAAUGGAAUGCUGACAGAAAUGUAUAUGAAACCUCUCCAAAAGAUCUUCCCCUCUCAGUUGCUAGACAAGGGGGAUUGCCAUUUUUUCGGGAGUCAAUGGUGAAAGAAGGAGGUUUAAUGCCUAUCCCUGAUCUAAGAGACUCAAUGUCAUAUAAGUCAUUCUUACCGCGACCUCUGGCAUCAAAAUUUCCAUUUUCUAUUGGCCACAUCGAUGAAUUAAAGAAGAUUUUUGGUGUGGUUAAUGAAUCUAACAUGGAUGAAUAUAUUCAAGACACUCUUGCGAUAUGUGAAAUGAGCCCCGUUAGAGGUGAGCAGAGGACCUGUGUGACUUCCGCCGAGGAUCUCAUUGAUUUUGUUGUGGAGAAAUUAGGGCACCAUUUACAUAUAUGGAGUACUAAUAGCAUUGAAGGAUCUUAUGAGAAUGUCACAAUUGGAGCUGUGAAACUCAUAUAUGGAAACCUCUCAGAACCACCAGUCUUAUGUCAUAGUCAGCCAUUCCCAUUUCAAGUCUAUUUUUGCCAUGUUUUACAAAAAGUGAAAGUAUAUGCAGUUGAUAUAUAUGCUCGGAGGAAAGUGAAUCAUGCGAUUAUGGCAUGCCACUAUGAUACAUCAACUUGGAAUCCAAACCAUCAUGCUUUUAAGUGGUUGGGUUUUGGUCCUGGCCUAAUUGAAGUAUGUCAUUGGAUAAAUGAGAACGCAAUGGUCUGGACAAAGAAUCUAGGCUGAGCAGCAUUUGCAGAUAUGAUUAUCUUUCAGUUCAUUUGUUUGUGUUACAUGGUACUGCUUAUGCUAUGAAUUUGAAGAAUAAAUAAUGAUCUAUUUGUCUUUCUUAUUA